AUGGAAGACACCACCCUUCUGCAAGACUUUGAAGAUUCUGAAGACGCACUCUCAUUUUGCGACCUCCCAAUUGACACCCUCCAAUCUCAUGAUUCUCAUCAUCAUCCAGACCCUUCUCCAGAUGACCACUUCUUCGAGUUCCUCUCUGAGCCUAUCAUCAUCUCCGGGAGAACCCUUCCUCCCACCAACCAUCCAAGUGUGGACUUGGCCACCUGGAGAUCGGAGUCCUUCAGCGCAGCCACCCCCUCCCGAUCCCGCACUUCCGUCGUUCGUUCGGAGUCGCUUCGGUUGUCGGUGCCAAAGGGUUCAUCCCAGAACCAGCCCGGAUUUUCUGGUAUGAGAGUGACGCCGGCGGCGAGGUCGAAGAAGCACGCCUUCAUGUUUGGAUUGCCCAAGUUCCCACUAGAGAUGGAACUGAGUGACAUGAGGAGGAGGCAGAGUCGCCGUGCUCCAGCGCCGAUAAUCCCUGUGGCGGAGGCCAGGGAGGCGGCUGCCGGAGGAAAAAGUGCAGGAAAAGGACAGUGGGGUCUGCUUCGGUCAUUGAGAUGCAGGACCAAUCUGCUGAGCGCGUUCGGCAGGGCAGGGUUUAGCUGCGUUUCGCCGGUCCUGUGA